AUGGAGAAGACGGUGCGGGACCGCCUGCUGGGCGCCCUGAAGGGCCUGGAGGAGGAGGAGCUGGAGAGAUUCAAGAGGAAGCUGAGCGAGACCCCGCUCCCGGAGGGCUUCUGCCACAUCCCCUGGGAGCGGCUGCAGAAGGCCGACCCGCUGGACCUCUGCGAUCUGCUGUUGAGCAACUACUACCCUUACGCCUUGCUGGUGGCCGCCCAGGUGCUGGAAGCCGUCAACCUCAAGCGCGAGGCCCAGAGGCUCCUGUCCGUCACCGGGAUCGGGAGACAACCACUCCUCUCGUUGGAGCCUCAUUUCAUCGAGCAGCACCAGGAGCAGCUGAUCCAGAGGACUGCCUUAGUGGAGGGAGUUUUGGAUCUGCUGUAUGGAAUUGUUCUGGAUGAUGAGCAACAUGAAAGAAUCUCUUCGCUGGAGACUAACCCAGAGAAAAUGCGGGAGCUGUACAAGCUAGUGCCAAGCUGGGACCCCUCUUGCAAGGAUCAGCUGUACGAGGCACUGAGGAAGACAAACCGAUUCCUCAUAGCAGACCUUGAAGGUAGAUGA